GCGGAGCUCACUCGAAACACAUGCAUGUCGCUGUGGAGGGCAGGUGCAGUCCAGGCCUGGCUGGAGGUUGUCAUGGGAAUGCCCAUGUACACCCGAGCCUGCUCUGAAAACGUCAAAAGUGGGAAGGUGCUGCUGGGCCUGACGGAUGAGGAUUUGGAGCUGGGUCUGGGUAUCAGUAACCCCAUUCAUCGCAGGAAACUGAGACUGGCCAUUGAGGAUUACAGGAGAGCUGAAGGGGACCAAGGACUAUCGAAAGCAUCUGAGAUGGACCAUCACUGGGUGUCAACAUCAUGGCUGAGUGACGUGGGAUUGCCUCAAUACUCGCAGACCUUCCAGAGUAAUCUAGUGGACGGGCGAGUGCUGAACUCUCUGAGCCGCAGAGACCUGGAGAGAUUCCUCAACAUCAGCGACCAGUUCCACCAGACCAGUCUCCUCCUGGCAAUCCAGAUCCUGCAGAUACUCAGUUUUGAUAAAGAGGCCCUGCAGGCACGGCGGGCAAAAUGUGAGCACCAGGACUGGGAUCCCAUUGUUUGGACAUGUCACAGAGUAAUGAAGUGGAUCAGAGACAUAGACCUCAAGGAAUUCGCAGACAACCUUCAGGGUAAAGGGAUUCAUGGAGCUGUGAUGGCUCUGGACCCGUCCUUUGACACAGACGCCAUGGCCAAAGCCCUGGGGAUCCCCAGCAACAAACACAUGCUGCAUCGACACCUGUAUGAAGAGAUGAAAUCACUCGCUAUCCCUCACAGCAACGCAGAGCAGGGCAAUGAGGUCAUCGGCUCCUCUUCGCCUGUGGCUGUUAACCGCUUUGCUGAGGAGAGGGUGUCGAUCAGAAGAUCAGGAAAGAGUCCACUGAGGUUACGUGCCAACAGCCAAGAGCGAGGUCUGGGCUUCCAUGGCAGCUGUGGCUCUCUGCCCAGAGAGGCCCGAGUUCAGGCUGUUCCCCGAGCCAAAGGCAGCCCGAUGCACACCUUCAAGAGUGUCGAAAUCACCAACGUCUGAACCAACCUCAGCCAUCGAGUUCGCCCAUGUUGUUGCUAUUGUUUACAUGCUUAUUGUAUUAUAGUUGUUUACUACUGAGAGUGAUCUACACUCAACAUCACUGGACUUUAAAGUCUCCAAGGGAUGUACCACUUCAUAAUUCAUAUAUACCAUUUUUGGCCAAUAUAAGAAUAAGACAUACUCUGUGCAGAAACAAAGAUCAUUUUUGACCUGAUGGAGAUGUUGUUGUAAAUAUAAUGAAGAGGGAGAGGAUUUUGUUUUUUCAACUUAAUGUCCAAAUGAGUUUUAUAUUAUGAGUUAGAAUGAGUAAGAAUUACCUACAAAAAAAUCUGAACUCAGUGUUGUUCUCCUUCGAUGCCUUAUAUGAAACAGGUCUCACAACACUGUUGUUUACUUUUUCAAAUGUUUCAAACAUGACAGUGAAGUUUUUUGUUGUUGCACAUGUCAGUAAAUGAAUAAUUAUCCUUGAAGAGAUAUUUCUGAUUUUUUGUAGUGGGGUUUUAUGGGGUACUUAAACAUAAACAGUGUAUUAAACGCAGUAGAUAUCAGUCAGCACAUACCCAGUUUGGAGAAGCAGACUGGAGUCUGACAUGGAACCUAUGCCAUGUACUGCUGCUGACCCCUCCACAGCAGUACCUAUGCCAUGUACUGCUGUGGAGGGGUCAGCAACAAAACCUAAGGUGUGUUCUGAAUCGCAUACGUUCUCUUUUUACUUUUAGUAGGUACUGCAGCUGCCCUUAAAAUGCACACAUACUACUUCCUUAUAACAUAACGCCAUGAACUUUGACGCUCUUGCUUUUAUAUCCAUUAACUUGGAGAUAAAACAAUCGGCACUCACCAAAUUCGCCAGAGACGGAGAUCAACCCGGAGAGAUCUGCUGUUGUUACUUUGCAAUGUAUGUAGUUUAACUUAUAUAAAGUUAUAACUACACAGAUUGUAAAUUCGAAAAUAAUAUAUUUGUGACAGUGAAAUCACACUUGCAGUUCUCUGUCAUUAUUAUUUUUCUAGUUAUGUCCUAUUGUUGUUUCAGAAUCAGAAUCAGAAAUACUUUAUUGAUCCCCAAGGGGAAAUUAUUUAUGUUACAGGUGCUCCUUGCAAGAGAGGAAAGAUACGUGAAAAUAUAAGAAAUUUAAACAAUAGUAUUUACAAAUAUAUAGUUAAAUAAACAGGAAUUAUUAACAAA